AGCGGAGCAGGUGGGUGCGUUUGUCCCGCGGCACGCAGUCAUGUUGCUCUUGAGCUGCUGCUGCUGCUGCUGCUGCUGCUGCGGGGCGAAGCGCGGAGCUCGCCCCAGGAGCGAGCCUGUGGCUGCAACGCCGGCUGCCCGUGCCCGGGCGGCGCCGGGCUGGCCCUUCCCCGGGACCGUUCCUUUCCAGGCGAAUGGCGCUUGAGGAGGGCUGAGCGCAGCCGCCAGCGCCGUGGAGGGAAUCUGGCAGAAUAUGUCACCUGGAAAGGCUCUGCAACCUGCAGUGAAAAUGAAGGUGGAUGAACUCUUUUUGUGCUGGUUGAGUCAGCCUGCAACUCAGCUAAUGCUGAAGGACUGCUUGAGAAGAAUCAAGAAUAAGGAGAAAACAGAGUUUAACGCAGAUUCAGGAAACAGUAAAAAUGAGAGUUUCACCAGCAGAAAUUCCAAUUCCAAGCAGUGCAUAUUGGGAGAUACCAGAUUGCCUUUGUCUUUCAGUCCUCCUCAGCUUUCUACUACUCUUCCAUUGGCAACUCCAGCUAGCUCAAGGAACUUUUCUAAUGUUAGAGCAACACGUCGAUCCUCAGGAACCAAAGAAGUUCAAACAAAGAAGGAAGAAACUUUGCCACCAUCACAUAGUCAAAACAUUCCAACUUUUUAUUUUCCUCGAGGAUGUCCUAAGGAAAAAGUGAAUAUAGAUGCUGUGAUUGCCAAAAUUGAGAAAACUUUUUCUGAAUUUCCAAAUGAGAGGGCAACAUUAGAAGACAUGGGUAAGGUUGCAAAGGCUUGUGAAUGCCCACUUUACUGGAAAGGUCCUUUGUUUUAUUGUGCUGGAGGUGAAAGAACAGGAUACGUAUCAGUUCAUAAAUUUGUUGCAAUGUGGCGGAAAGUACUUCAGACCUGCUAUGAUGAUGCUGCGAAGUUUGUUCACCUUCUGAUGAACCCUGGAUGUAACUACUUGGUGCAAGAAGACUUCAUUCCUUUUUUACAAGAUGUGGUGAAUAGUCAUCCAGGCCUUUCAUUUUUAAAAGAAGCAUCUGAAUUCCAUUCUCGGUAUAUUACAACAGUCAUACAGAGAAUAUUUUAUACUGUAAAUAGGUCCUGGUCUGGGAAAAUAACUUGUAAUGAGCUCAGGAAAAGCAACUUUUUGCAGAAUGUGGCAUUAUUGGAAGAGGAACCUGAUAUUAACCAGCUGACAGAGUACUUCUCAUAUGAACACUUUUAUGUUAUCUAUUGCAAGUUUUGGGAGCUGGAUACAGACCAUGACCUGUAUAUUGAUCGGAAGGAUUUAGCACGACAUAAUGAUUAUGCAAUUUCAAAUAGGAUGAUAGAGCGCAUCUUCUCAGGAGCAGUAACAAGAGGGAGAAAAGCACAAAAAGAUGGGAAGAUUAGCUACGCUGAUUUUGUCUGGUUUUUGAUAUCUGAAGAGGACAAGAAAACACCAACUAGCAUUGAAUACUGGUUCCGCUGCAUGGAUCUUGAUGGGGAUGGUGCUUUGUCUAUGUAUGAGUUGGAAUAUUUUUAUGAAGAACAGUGCCAAAAAUUAGAUAACAUGGCCAUAGAACCUUUGCCAUUUGAAGACUGUCUUUGCCAGAUGCUGGAUCUUGUAAAGCCACAACAUGAAGGAAAAAUUACUCUGCAUGAUUUAAAGCGAUGUAAGUUGACAAAUGUGUUCUUUGAUACUUUUUUCAACAUUGAAAAAUACCUUGACCAUGAACAGAAGGAUCAGUUUUCUAUGUUGCGGGAUGGUGAAGGUGAAAGUCAAGAAGUCUCUGACUGGGAGAAAUAUGCUGCUGAAGAGUAUGAUAUCUUGGUAGCAGAAGAGGCAGCAAGUGACCAGUGGAAUGAUGGGUAUGAAGCAGAACUGAAUCCUGUAGACCAUCAGAAGGCUAGUAUUCUAAAGUAUCAAAUGGAGAAAAGACCAUUUUUUGAAAUGCCUUCCCAUCUGGCUGAUGUAGACUUGGAUGAAUAUGACUAUGAUGAGGUUUUUGAGUAGAGAUUACUUAUGGUCAGCACUUGCAGAAGAGAAGGGACAGUCUGCAGCAGGUCUGCUACACACUGAUAUGUUUCAGUGGUGUUUGUUUCCAGGAAGUCAGCUUAGUUUUGUGCUAAAAAUAUCUAAUCACUACACUACCUUUUAAGUAAAAGAAGUGCAUUUAUAUGGAAUGAUGAGAUUUUUGUAUUUAUUCAAUAGUUUAUCGUUUGUAAAAUAGAUUAAAAUAUUUAUUUACAGAUGUUGCAUAAUUCCUUUUUGGAAGAAUAACAAUAUUUGACUUAAGAGAAAAGUAAUCUACUGUUUUUAAGAGAACUGUAUAAUUCUCUUGAAGUUGAUGUGUGGUGCACUGACCAUCUCCAUCUCACCUGUGAACAGGUAUUUUUGUCCUGGUAUGGGAGGUAAAGAGACAAUUUACACCUGCAAUGUGCUCGUGCUCAUAGAUGACCUCUUUUAGGUUUUAUGCCUUGGCAAGGAAGAGACAUGAGGAUGAGUGCACAGUUCAGCACUCAUUUACAAGUAGAGUUUUGUUUGACAAGCUGUGCAUAUCAAGUAAAAUACACUAAAGUCAACCCCCAAGACAAGUUGGUUUUUUUCUCUGUGUAGUCCUUGUUUGCCCCAACUUUAAUUUUGCAUGCGCUUUUAAACUUCAGUCUUUUCGUUGAUGUUAAUCAUAAAAGAGAUUAUUUAACAAUGAAGUCUGAGUGUUCAUACUUGAUCCAAAAUGGGUUAAUUCAUGCAGAAGGAACCAAUUUUUUUUUAAAUCCUUUGUAUAAAUGUUACUUGAUCAGUAAUGUGCACUAAUUUGUUGUGGGCAUUCAGUGCUUUUGUCUGUCCUCCCCUUUGCUUGUUUGCUAUUGACACAUUCCAUGGAUAUUCAUCAGUGUCACAGCAGCUUGAAAUUGUUGCCUCACUCUUAACUGUUAAGCAGGUUUUGUUGGGAAAAAAUGUACAAAAAGAUGUAAGUUAUUUUUUUGGUUGCAGUGUAGAUCUUUUAAAAUGUUUAAAAAAACAUGUUUGUAUUUUCAAAUAAAGAUUUUCAUACAUGUAA